CUUUUCAAUUUCAUACUCUGAAUUGAAUUUCAUAAAAUUCACUCUGAGAGAAUUGAGGAACAUUUCAAAACAAAUAAUUUAUAGAAAUUCUAUACAAAGUGCCUUGAUGAAUAUCUCUUAAGUUUUCUAACUUAUAUAAAUUAAAAAAAUCAAUUGUUUAAAUCGCAUGUGAAUGCUACCAUACUUUUGUUGGCAGUUGGCAUAAAGCAAUAGGAGAUUUGAUUUUACACACCUACACAAACAACUUGGCUUACUUUGCAGUCCACUAGGAAGACUUGAACAUUUUAAUUGUUGUACGGAAAUUUAUUUGUUUUUAAUCACGUUUCAGUUGGCAUAGGUUUAUAUUGUGGAGACCAGUAUGAUGUUUCACUCUGAAGUGUAGCAUGGCUGGAUCUGUUCAUAGAUCAGCCUUGAAAUCUCCAGAAUCUCCUCGGCGAAGUUGGUUGUCAGUUUCCUUUGAAGACCAGCAGCAACAGUUGCCGGCACGAUCAGCAAGACGUUCCACCAGAAUUUCUCCGUCUCCCAGCAGUCACCAAGGGACACCAUCUAGACUCAGUUCACAGGACGAGCGAUUGAGGACAUCUUUCUCGGAGAUUGGUGGCCUCAGCUUUGAGGAAGUCACCCGUGACGAGAUAGAUGACAUAUUACCAAAGACAGAGUACACAUAUGCAAGAACAGCUUCGUACAGUCCCAAGUUCCUAAGACAAAAGCGCUACAGAAGUCCCAAUAUGUCACGGAGGAGAGUUCAUGGUGCUCUUCCCUCCUUCAUCAGUGAUGACGAGGAUGACUUUGAAGAAGAUAUGGACAAUGAGGCAGUCAUGACAUCAAAUGUUAGGCUUGUUCUGCCUGAUGAUCAGAUCUCUCGCGGCAGCUCGUCAGACUACACUGACUCGUUGGGCGUUCCGCAGCAUCGUGGGAGAGCCCGAGGCAGGAGUCUGGCCUUCACCUCUACACCCAUCACACCGCAUGAUGAUCACCACAUCUCCACUCAUGACCACUACUAUGAUGGAAUGCUCCUCCGGUCUGGUAGCCAUGUGCAUGGUGCCGAGAGAUAUCAUGGCGGUGGUGGCGUUGUUCUCUCGCGUCGCAGUGAGGGGAACUUAGCGCCACUAAGUCAGGCAGCUCUUAUAUCUGAUGAGGAGAUGUCAAAGGCAUCUAUGGCACGUCGUCGCAGCGGGCGCAAUACAACUACGGUCACCACCAUCACAACCACAACUACCACAGAGGAGGAGGAGGAGGCAGAACGUGCCAAGAAGAAGUUGUUGAUGGAGGAAGAGGAUAGUGAACGUAAACUCAGACUUGAUGAAUCUCAAACAGAAAAACUGCAAUACCUCAGUGGCCGGGAUCAGUACAGGCUGAAACAUCUUGACGGUCUGGAUUACGACGACGAUAUUUCAGAUGUUGACGGACAUGACGUCCUGGAUUCCCACUUCUCCACACAACACACCACAGACUAUAUCAGCACAAAGAGGAAGAGGUGGUCUGUGUUCACUUUCUUCACCACCAUCAUCACCACCAUUGUCACAACUGUCACUACCACUAUCUCAGAAAACAGCAGCAACGUGGUCAAGUCUGUUGCAUCAGCCGUGGCGGCCCCAGUUGUGAUCCCUGCACGGUGGACACUGCAUGCCCUCGCGUCCUCAUGCUCGUGGUUGGUGAAGAAGUCGGCAGCUCUCCUUCUUCUGGACAUAGAGAUGAAACAAAGGAGAAGACGUGGCUGCUGCUGUUGUCUUCUGCCGUUUUUGCUGCUGUUGCCACUCUUGUUGCUGGGAGGUUAUUAUGGCAAAACCAUGCAGCAAGAUGCCACUGUGUACUGGUCCCGAUCUCGCACGGUGUUUGCCGAGUCCUGGAACUCUCUGUGGAUAACCUCAAAGUCCGAGAACAUCCCUGUCUACCAGCCCCCGGCUCCAGUCCCUGUGGCGGUCACCGAGCCCCCAGCUCCUCCUCCCGAGCCUGUGGUUGUGGCCCCUCAGGUGGACAUGGAUGCUCUGUACCAGUACAUUCAGAACACAGUGGUCCACGUGACCUCCGCCAACAAGGAUGAUCGACCAGUCGGUCUGACGGAGGACCAAGUACGAGCCAUUGUUCUGGCGAUGCUCCGACCUGAAGUUGAUGGUGUCAAAGACGGGGUUGGUGAAAAUCUGGCAUCUUUGCAGGGACUGCUGCGUGAGGAUAUUUCUAAGCUGGAGGCGAAACUCUCAGCUGUUCAACAAGAGAUUCAAGUGACCUCAGAAGCACAUCAGGCCAUGACUGACAACUUUGAUCAGACAAGGAUGUCAUUUGAAGGCUCCGUGGAGGAUCAGAGGACUCAGUGGCAGGCCUCCGUGGCAGCUCUUGAGGGAAAACUGGCAAGUCUUCAGGGCCAGAUGGAUGGGCUGACCUCUCAGAACGCAGCCUUGUCGGCCAUGUUGGGCAAGUGCUGUCAGAACAACAGUGUAGUGACCACGGACUCUGUCAGGGCACAUGUUCUGGCUGUCAUGUCUCAGAUGGGCUCGGACGAUGAGGACAGACAACAUCUUGCAGGUCUCAUGUCUUGGCUGAACGGUCAAUAUGUGGAGAAAUCUGAACUUGACCACAGACUGUCGGCUGUCUCAGCCGAAAUAAUGGAGAGCCUGCGAGUUCUUUUGGCUGACCGAGGGGAACAUCAGGCUUCUGAAGUGGCUGUCAAGUCCAUCAUCGACGAAGCCUUGAUCCAGUUCAGCGCCGACCGCAUCGGGAUGCCUGACUUUGCACUGGAGUCUGCCGGUGGCAGCAUUUUGAGUGUCCGCUGUUCAGAGACCUACUACAGGAAGACGGCGCUUGUCAGUGUGUUUGGGUUCCCUCUGUGGUAUACGUCAAACUCCCCCCGGACUGUCAUACAGCCCAAUGUCCACCCUGGGGAGUGUUGGGCCUUCAAAGGCACGUCAGGGUAUCUGGUCAUCCAGCUGUCCCACCCCGUGCAGCCCACAGGCUUCACACUGGAGCACAUCCCACGCAGUCUCGCCCCCAAGGGAAAAAUCGACAGCGCUCCUAAAAAUUUUGCAGUCUUUGGCCUGGUUUCUGAGAGUGACACGCAGGGACUCAGCCUCGGUAACUACACCUACCUGGACAAUGGGAAGCCCAUCCAGUUCUUCUCCAUUCAGAACGGCCACCCUGGGGUGUUCCAGCACGUAGAGCUGCGGGUUCUGGACAACCAUGGCAACCAAGAGUACACGUGUGUCUAUCGCUUCCGCGUGCACGGGAUGCUGUAGGUGGCUACUCGGAUGACAGAGUCACACAUGAGUUUCCCGGACUGUCAUGUGGUGCUACGUACUUAUCAGUAGCUCAUAGACAUAUAUGUGGUGGAAUCAGGCUCUCGUCAAAAUGAUCAAAGUGAAGUAACUUGCAUUUUUCCGCAGGCUUUUGAA